AUGGAAAGGAGAACUACAAGAGAUAGAUCAAGGUCAAGGUCAUCAAGUACAGACCAUGGCCGUUAUAAUAAUAGAAAUGAUAGAUUAGAAAAAGAAGACCGUCAAAGAAAGAGAGAUAGUCUCUAUAGAAGAGACCGAUCAAGAUCAAGAUCAAGGUCAAGAUCAAAGAGCAAAGAUAGAUAUAGUCGUCAUCAUGACAGAAAGAGAUCAAGAGAUAGAUCAAGAGCAAGAUCAAAAAGUAGAGAUCGAAGUGAUCGUGAUCGUUACCGACAAAGAUCAAGGAGUAGGAGCAGAGACAAAAGCACAAGUAAUAAUGUAGAUAAGAGAGAAAGAGACGAUGACAAGGAGAAUAGAGUAAAGAAAAGAAAGUCUAGAUCAAAGUCAAGAUCAAGAUCAAGAUCAAGAUCAAUAUCAUCGUCGUCAUCCUCCUCAUAUGACUCGUCAUCAGAUUCAUCAUCAUCAUCAUCAGAAGAAAGAAGAAGAAAAAGGAAAAAGAAAAAGAGAAAAGAGAAAAAGGAAAAGAAACAAAGAAAAAAAGAAAAGAAGGAAAAAAAGAAAUUAAAGGAACAACAAGAGUUGGAAGAACUGGAAAAAAAGAAACAACUGGAAAGACAAAUGGCAAUGGAGAGACAACAACAAAAACAACAACAACAACAAGAAUUGGAAACAAAUACUCCACCAAAAAGAGUAAUGGGACCAAUAUCAAAUGAAUCAUAUGAUAAACUUCGAAACACAUUUGUAGAGAAAUACGAUGAAGACACUGGAAGAAUGAGAGUAUACAGAGCGACCGGAGAAUUAAUUGAAAGAGUAGUUUCAAAAGAAAAACACAAAGAAAUUAAUUAUAUUGCUACUCAUCAUCCAACUAAAUACAACUAA